UCCUGCCAACGGUACAUCCAUCCGUGCCUGUCUUCCCAAUUACUGCAGAGGCGUGUGAGAUCGGUACAGGUCGAGACUUGCUACGCAACUGGCGACGGAUUUUACGUGUUGGGAUCUGUCAAAUCAGCGAGAAAAGGAUUGAAAGAGCCUGUAGCCGAAUAAAGAAAGGCAAGAGCUGCGCAACACGAGUGUCUCACUGGGAACCUACAGAUUCCGGCCGUUUGGAAUUUGUCUUACCUUGGGAACAAGAACAAGCCAAAACAGAGAAGGAACAGGGGAGAGAGAGGGGGUGAGAGAGGGGCCGGAGGAAGCUAAUUUUGUUUGCUUCUUCUUGCUCAGCUGUUUCGCUUAAUUACUUGGCGGGUUUUGUUGGCCGUGAGCUAAAGCCGGAUUGUACCACCCUAAUUUUAGCUGUUCUUUGGCUGGAUUGGGGAUUACCGGAGAACGAGUCCCCGCCCGGUCUGUGGAACAAUUUUGAUUGUUCCGUUUGAUUCCUCCCAUGGAAAUAUAGUCAGCAAAGCUGCGCAGGGGCUGGAGCUCGUGUUUCUUGAUGCGAUUUCAGCAACUUUCAGCCCCUCCAAGAACAGAUUCCUGAGCGCAAUCUUUGGGGUCUAGAGCCCAACUUUUUGAAAACUUUAGUCACGGGGAAAAUCGUACUCUGCUCGCUCCAAGAUUGCAUUUUUUUGCCACCUUCUUGCUCCAAGAUUGGGUUCCCCUUGUCGCUGCCGUUUGAAAGCGGAAGGAUCCAGAUGUUCUUGGCAAGGUAGGUAAAACCGUAAAAGUAAAGGGAGAUGCCCAAGGCAGGCGAUGGUGGCAGCGGCGGCGGCGGUAGUGGUGGUGGCCGGAGGAUCGGGGACGCCAAGGAUUUGCCUCUUCUUUUGCUCAGGGUGGGCGCUGCCAUCACGCUCUCCAUCGCUGGGCUGUUCUUGUCGCGGCUGCGGUCUCAGCGCCGGUCCCGGGGUUUCCUGCUCCCUCCUCCUUCAGAGUCGGAUGAUACCCACGGCAUGAAGGGUGGCGGCGGAGGGCUCAAGGAGGAGCUAAGGAUCCUCAAGAAUGAGGACACCAAGGCAAAAAUCAUCAACGGAAACUCUGUCCACACAACGACUACCACUACAACGACGACCACCACUGCCUCGGUGGCACUGCCCCCAAAAUGCAGAAACACUGCUGACGAUGAAGGAUUUCUCCUUCCAGAAUUUAAUGAUAUAGUUCUGGAAGAAUUUGGCCGAGACAUAGGCAAUAUUGCAACCUCACCUGCACUGAGAGUAAGGGAAGAUGCAUCAAAUGAGCAUGAAAUUUACAAGCUCAGAGAUUUGGUGAGAUCUCUGCAAGAAAGGGAGAAGAACCUGGAGCUACAACUUUUGGAGUUUUAUGGUUUGCAGGAGCAAGAUGCUGCAGUUAGGGAGCUUGAGAACCAGCUGAAGAUUAACAGUGUCGAGUCAAAGUUAUACUCCUUGAAGAUCGAAUCUUUGCACUCUGAAAAUCAGAGGCUGCAGACGCAGUUGUUGGAAAGCUCAAAGUUAACCUCCGAGCUUGAGGCGGCAAGAUCAAAGUGCAAGCUGUUGAAAAAGAAGUUGAGACUGGAUGCGGAACAAGCAAAGGAGAAAAUCACUUCCCUUCAGAAAAUGGUUGAUUCUUUGCAGUGUAAGGAGACUAUUGAGGUAGAAGCUGAGGCUGAGGCUGAGAAGAAAUUAAAGAGGCUAGAGGAAUUGGAAAAUGAGGUAAGAGAGCUUAGAGCUGCAAAUUCUAGGCUGCAGCAGGAGAACUCACAUCUUACUAGGCGAUUGGAGCUCACACGCCUACCUCCAGUACCCAAAUCCCACAAUAGCAUUGAGGUAAAAGCAUCUGAGGAAGCUGACCAAUUAAGGCAAUACAACGACAAAUUGGAAAAGGAGGUUGAACAACUGCAGACUGACAGGUUUGCAGAUGUUGAGGAGCUGGUAUAUCUGAAAUGGAUCAAUGCUUGCCUGCGGCAUGAGCUGAAGAACAAGGACUCUCCCGGGGCACAGACUACCGCACGGGAUCUGAGCAAGACCUUAAGCCCCAAGUCUGAGCAGACGGCUAAGCAACUGAUAAUGGAGUAUGCCAAUGUUGGUGCGGACGAGAGAAGUUUAAGCUCUGUAGAAUUUGGUUCGGAGUACGCUUCUUCAAGGGCAUCAUCAGGUGGUGAACCUGAUGAUGCAUCACUCGACAUGCCGUCGAUGACAAAGCACACAAACCCAAAGAAGAAAGAGAAGAAAAAGUUUUUCUCUAAACUUCGGAAAUUGGUACUUGGAAAAGAAAAGGAAAAGAACAUCCCUACAUUGGAGAGGAGAGUAUCUAUUUCGAGCUGUUCCUUUGAUGACUUCACUGGAAGAGAAUCACAUGAUAGCUAUUCUUCGUUUAUGACAGAACCAGCUAUAUCUACCAGCCAGCGACAUGACGAUCGCAGCUGCGCUAGGCAUUCUUUUGGCAGCCAAAGAUAUAGCCAUCCCAGCCCUGGGGUAAAGAAGAAUACAGCUUGCGGAUCCGAGAGAUUCAGCGAACAUGGUUCUCAAUUCGAUAGUGGUGAGGCCACAAUACCAGAAGAUGUCGAGAUCAACAAAUUCGCCGAGGCGCUGAUUACAUCAAGGACAGGUUCUAUGUCAUCGAGGAGGACAUUAUCUUUCAGUUAACUGCUAAACCAAUAGCUUAGGGGUCAUGUUCUGCUGACCCAUCUGUCUGGAUGUAUAUUUUGGCCAGAUCCUGAUGGGGAAGGUAUAGGAGAUGUUACUGGAAUGAAGUGUCCAAGACUUUACCUUUUUUGGCGGGGAAUAUCCAAGACUUCACCGAUUCUGUGUGAAAUGUACAUGUAUAAUAGGAUAGUGCAAUGACCUUUUAAGGAAAAAACCUUUUAAUCUCAACCGUGGCCAUCCAUUUGGCUGUUCUGUGCUUCUUCACUGUUGUUCUUUGCAAACCUUUUUUUGUUGUCUAGGAAAAGGCUGCAGGUUAGUAUCAAAUAUAUACAUGGUUGUUUGUUAUGCUGUUGUGGGUAGAUGAUGCUGAACAACUCCUGCCAUCA